AAGUGUUAUAAUUAAUAUAUAUUAUUUUCAUUUUUUUACAGAGUAGCAACCAACGACCCUUCUUUCUUUAUGUGAGUUCGCCCCUAGCCAAACACAUCAAUUGCUAGUUACCUUUCUUUUCGUCUCAAUAUGUCAAGAUGAGUUAUAUCAUUGAUAUAGUUUUCUAACUUGAUUGUUUGUGUUUCUCGAUUAGCUAAUCUAUUUAUAUUAAUAUUCAUAUACAAGGAUUGAAAAGAAUUAAUGUAAGCUUUAUACUAGUUAAACCAACAUACACUUCAUAUAUAAAAAAACUAGCAAUGAGCAAUGAUUGACAUUAGUUUUCAUUAAAUAAACAUGCAUUAAACGAAUACGGUCGUUGUGUGAUAGUGACAAUGGAGUGGUCGCAACUUUUGAAAACCAAGUUCAAAACGACUCUAUUGUAAGUGUCGUUUACAUUUGAUUUUCAAAGAUUGCAACGGUUCCACUAAUAUGAAGUACUAUUCUAUUUAUUUACGUCCCGUUUCCUUCUUCAUGUAACUUCAAUUUAUAUUGUUUGGUUUCUCAUUUCCCUUCAUUCGUUAAUGGCGGACAUGGAUUUACAGGGACUAAACCAGUCAAUAAAUACACCACCACCACCAUCAACACCAACCCCAUUAGUGUCUCCCAUGGCUCUUCAAUUAUCUGGUUUUUUAAAUGGGGACACAAUCCAAGUUCAAGGCGAUGCAGGGGACUUGCAAUUCUCGGUUCAAUUGAAUAUUGCCAAGAAACUUUUUCACGAGAACGUUGAGCCACAGCCACUUCACUCUCCUGGGACAGUUCCAUAUAACCCAGAAAAUUUUUCUGUUGAAGAUUCGAGUUUCUCUUCUUAUGUGACCCCAAAUGCCUCUGAAGAGUUAAGGAGACGAAGUCGUUUUGCAGAGCCAGUAGUUGAUGAAAAUUGCCGUUUUGGUGAAGAGGGUGAUGAGUCUGAGGAGAUUAAGAGUAGGGAGUGUGUUGUUACGAGGCUGAGAAGUGGGGUCAUAUCUCCAGUGAAAUAUUAUCCUCUUCGGAUUUCAACUGAGAAUUUGUUAAGGCCUAUUGAGAAAGUGAAAACAAGGAAGAGAAAUUCAGAGAAGAAGAUUGAUGUGUUUGAGAGAUUGUUUAGAAGGCGUAGUUGUCCUGUGAAGCCAUGUACUUCUUAUGCUUUCUUUGUUAUGGCUACUUGGGGUGUGGUCAAAUCAUCUUCUUUUGGUGAAACCAGCAAGAGAAUUGGUCAAAUGUGGUACAAACUCUCUCACAAUGAGAAAAAGUUAUACCAGGAGAUGGCUUUGAAGGACAAUGCAAGAUACAAGAAGCAAUGCAAGUUAUUAAAGAUGAAGAAAACUUUGUAGAGAACAGAUUAUUAUUUCUUUAUAUAACAUUUAAGCUGAGACGAUUGUACUAAGCUGUAAUGAAAAUGCUCAUAAUAAUACUAGUAACUGGUUUGUUCU